AUGCUAAGCGUUUCUCGAAAUGACGAGAGCCGUCGGAGAGAAGCGACCUGUAUGAGACGCGUUAAGUGCUCACCCCGGCAAGCGAGGGGCGAGGAUAACCCAAAAGCUGAAGAACAACCGAGCGAGCCUACCACUGAGGAAGUCUAUAAUCCUCACUUGCAUCGUGUCACUUACAAACCAGUGUCAGACUUUGGAACUCUCGCAAACUUGAUAAAAAGUGCGGCCGGAACGGGUCUCUUCGCCAUGCCGAACGCGUUUGCUUGCGUCGGACUCUUUAUCGGGAUUGUCGGUACGGCGUUUAUGGGUCUACUGAUAACCGGGUCUCUUCAGUUACUCGUUAGAAUUCACCACAUGAUGUGUAUUCGUCUGAGGAAACCCGUCUUGGUGUAUGAAGAGGUGGUAGUCGCCACUUUAACCACGGAUGUGCGAAAACCGUGGCUCUCUCCGCGCGCUGCAACACUCAUCGUCGAUAUCACGAUGUUAGCGUGUUACAUCGGGAUCGGUUCGGUUUACGUCGUGUUCAUUUCCGGCAUAAUCCAAGAAGGCGUGGACAGUGAAAAAGUCAUCGGUCAAGGCUACUACGCGCUCAUGAUAUUUCCACUUCUUUUUGUAAUGAAUAUGUUGAAGAAUCUAUCGGACAUCGCGCCGAUUUCUAUUGCCGGAAACAUUUUGCUCUUGGCCGCCGGGCUUAUUGGAGUCGUGUACGCUUUGAAAGACGGAAUCAGCGACAAAUGGAACACGAUCGGGCCGAACAUAAGUAUGUAUCCGAAGUUUAUCGGCAUGGUUUUCUUCAGUAUGUGUUCGCCGGGAGUGAUACUAGCGAUAGAACAUAGUAUGAAAAAACCUGGGGAUUAUGUUAAACCGUGCGGAAUACUGAACUGGGGCAUGGCAUUUUUGGUCUUGAUACACAUUCUCGUCGGAUCUAUUGGUUACUUGAAGUGGGGACCCGAUGCGCUUGGCAAUUUUAUCCGUAAUCAUGAGACGCACGACGGACCGACGAUAGCGGCACUGAUAAUGCAAGCGCUGGCAAUAUACUUCACGUAUGGGUUGCAAUGUUACAUGCCCAUUAAAAUUCUGAAGGACGGCUAUGCCAUUCCGGCCAUCGAAGAUGGCACCUGUAAAGGAACACCGUUCCUGUGGGAUCUGAUCAUCCGUUUUGGCAUCACCAUCGUUACGUGUAUUCUGGCAGCGGCGAUCCCGAAGCUCGAUCUGUUCACCGGUUUGGUCGGCGCUAUAUGUAUAUCUACAUUGGCCACGUUGAUCCCGGUUACCUUGUACAUUCUCGUGCAUCACGGAGAUUACGGCAAGUUUAAAUGGAGACUGAUUCUAGGCGGCUCUAUGUUUUCCAUCGCUUUCAUCGCAGCCUUGUGUGCUGUGACGACUAAUUUCAUCUUAAUCGUCAAGUAUUUUAGAUACGGGGAUUGA